AUGAGACUGCCAAUUCAUUUGAUAAAUUAAAAAACUGAUGUUGAUUUUAAUAAAUAAUAAGUUUACAUAAUUAUUUAAAUGGGAUCUCAUUGUUGCAAAAUUGAUCACUUUAUUCGUCAAGAUGAAUUAGAUUUGGACUUAGAUGAAAUAUCGAACUUCACACCAUAACCUCUUUCCAAAGCCUCAAUUUCAUAAAAGGGCACAAAAAAGAGAAUAGAAAAUUCAGUAUCCCCUUGCUCUUUAGAGAGGAGUAAAACUCACAAAGAGAUUGCAAACUAAUAAGAAGUUCUAAAUACGGAAAUAGAGCAUAGACAUAAUCUUGAGGUUUUAUAAGAAAUGUAGUAAUUGUCUAAGACUAUAGUAGUUGAAACUACGUAAUAAAGUCGAAUGAAUAGUCUAAGUUAAAUAGGGACGGCUACUAGAAUCAAGCUUGGAUAGGAUAUUUUCAUUCACUUGAAAGAAGGAUCAAUAAAUUCACAUUAUAAAUUCGAUAAGGUAUUAGGUUAAGGAGGUUUUGGAAAGGUGUGGAAAGUCACUCAUAAAAUUACCAACCUCGUUAGAGCAAUUAAAUAGAUAAAAAAGAGCUCAAUAUUAAAGGAAGAGAAAUAAAGAAUGUUUUCGGAGAUGAAUAUUUUAAAAAAUCUUGAUCAUCCUAACAUUUUAAAAUUAUUUGAACUUUAUCAAGAUACAAAUAAUUAUUAUUUAGUCACUGAAUAUUUAUCUGGAGGAGAACUCUUGGAGAGAAUAAAGAUAAUGACAUGCUUUACUGAAAAUGUUGCAGCUAAUUAUAUUAGAUAAAUACUAUUGGCUACAUUAUAUUGUCAUGAGAAAAAUAUAGUUCAUCGAGAUCUAAAGCCAGAAAAUGUUAUUUUUGUUAAUCAAGACCCUAAUUCAUAAUUAAAGGUUAUAGAUUUUGGUACAUCUCGAAAAUUUGAUAAAAAUAAAUCCAUGAGCAAAGAUAUUGGAACUCCUUUUUAUGUUGCCCCAGAAGUAUUGAACCAUCAAUAUGAUGAAAAAUGUGAUUUGUGGUCUUGCGGGAUCAUUCUCUAUGUUUUAUUAUGUGGAUAUCCCCCUUUUACAGGGAGGACAGUUCAUCAAGUUUUGGAGAGAGUGAAAUAAGGUGUCUUUGUUUUUGAAAGUAGAGAUUGGGAGGACAUUUCCAAAGAAGCUAAAUUAUUUAUAUAAAAACUCUUAAGGGUUGAUCCUAAAAGGCGAUUGUCAGCUAAGGAAGCAUUAGAUGAUCCUUGGUUAGUAAAGCACAAUCCUGCAACAUAACUAAAUUUAAGGGUGUUAGAGAACAUUAGAUAAUUUCAAGCGUAAACACUUCUGAAAUAAGCAUUAAUGUCAUAUAUGAUCACUUAAAUGUCAAAUUAAAAAGAAAUCCAAGAGAUUUAAAAUGAGUUUACUAAACUAGAUUUAAAUCAUGAUGGAAUACUUUCAAAAGAAGAGUUUAUGAAGGGUUAUUCGUAAUUGAAAUUUGAUUCAAAACUUGUUGAAGAUGAAGUAGAGAGAAUUAUUGAUUUGAUUGAUGUGAAUAGAUCAGGUAUGAUAGAUUUUUCAGAGUUCUGUAUGGCUGCCAUGAACUAAGAAAAAUUAUUUUCAGUUUAAAGAAUUGAGUAAGCAUUUAAGAUUUUUGAUUAAAAUGGUGAUGGAUUUAUUUCUAAAUAGGAUCUUGAAGCAAUCAUGGGUCAUUUAGAAGAUGAAGUUUGGGAAUAAAUACUCCUUGAGUGCAAUGCAGACUAGGAGGGAUAAAUUUCGUAUUUAGAAUUUAUUACAGUUUUAUAAUAAAAAACACUUUGA